AUGGACCCAAACCGGCCAGAUAUUGCACAAAAAGCAAGCGAGCAGGCCUUGAACUCCGACUCUGAUUCGCACUGCUCUGAGGAUGACGACAUGCCUGAUGCCGAGUCUCCCGGCACGGCAACGGCACCGUCCGUCUUCAACAAUGGCCAGCCAGUGCCACCAAAUGCUCGUCCUGCCAACUCAGCACCUACUCUGCAGGAAGUGCUUAGCUCAGCACCUGAUUCAAAAGCGACAGCUACCCACAGAGACUCGGUGAUCGAAGACGAAACUACUAGGCCUUUCGGAUUUGCAGCAGAUAGGCGCACAUCUCAAGCAUCAGCAGUUCAUGUAGCACCAAACGGCGUGCAUCCCAGUUCAAAUGGGAUCGAUCGAACACUGUCUAUAUCGUCCGCCUUGUCGAACGCAUCGUUGUACCCACCAAGCCAGCCACCUCGAGGCUUGCCCAAUGGCCAUCCCCAAGGCAAUGAUCCAGCACCAUCUCUCGGUCUAACAAUUCCGCAAAGAGGAGGACUUCCAGCAGACACUCUGCCUGCGUUACAAGCCCCAUCUCCUGCGCGUGAUGGAGCAGCUACUUCGCCUAGCCAGCAGCUACCUUCGUUCCGUCACAUCGAUGAUAUCGCGAGAUCAGCAACAAAUGACCACGAAGCAACGAGAGCAAACAGUAUCAGCUUCCCCCAUCGACAAUCGGUCUCCUCAGUAGGAGCGUCACCAACAUCCAUGGUUCGCCAACUGUCCAUGAGUUCUCAUUCUCCAGCCACGCCGUUCCCUUCGCUAAGUGCGUCAUCGCCAAUGAGUGCCCACGAUUUACCACAUCGUGUCGAUCUGUUCCUCCGCACCUCAGGAGGAGGCGCAUUCGGCACGGAUGCUCGGAGACCUUCGCACGCCGCGUCAGACAACAGUCCUUACACAGCGACAUUGCACUCUGCAUCGACGAGCGACAGCUACCAGAGCUCAGAGGGUAUCAGCCCUGGUACACAGCAAACGCCUAUUGAGCAAAGACCUCGACAUAUGAGUCUAGAUGGCGCGCUUGCGUCGAGGGUCCUGCCACCUCCACUUGGCUCUGGUCUACAGCAAAAUGUGACUCAGCAUAUCGUUGGAUCCUUCAAGUGCGAUUAUCCAGGCUGCACCGCUCUUCCUUUCCAGACGCAGUACCUUCUUAAGUGA